CCUUACUUCCUUCUCUAGCACCGCAACGCAAGUGAGAUAUUAAAAAUCCGCUUCUGCUCAACUGUACCGCCGUUUUUUGGUAAAUAUCUCAUUAAGUACACCGGAAAAGCGCCGAAGAGCAGAGCAGAAUGUCGAGCGUGCCAAAGCGAGCCAAACUGGACGGCGCCCCCGCCGAUGGAAACACAGCGGCCUCAGCAUCCGCCGCCGCCGGCAACAACGAGGAGGAGUCGGAGGCGCUGGAGCAGAUCGAUGCCUGCCAAAAUGAGAUCGACGCGCUCAACGAAAAGGCCAGCGAGGAGAUCCUCAAGGUGGAGCAGAAAUACAACAAACUGAGGAAGCCUUGCUACGAAAAGCGUAGCGAGCUGGUCAAGCGGAUCCCCAACUUCUGGGUGACCUCGUUCAUCAACCACCCGCAAGUGUCUGGCAUUCUGGAUGAGGAGGAGGAAGAGUGCCUGCACGCUCUUAACAAAUUGGAGGUGGAGGAGUUUGAGGACAUUAAAUCUGGCUACCGUAUCAAUUUCCACUUUGACGAGAAUCCUUACUUCGAAAACAAGGUCCUCACCAAAGAGUUCCACCUUAAUUCAGCGGCGGCUUCUGAAAACGGUGAUUGGCCUGCAUCUACAAGCACACCUAUCAACUGGAAGGAGGGUAAAAACCUGCUCAAACAACUGCUGACGAAACCUUAUGUCAACAAGAAAAAGCGUCAUUCCGAGUACAAGACCUUCUUCGACUGGUUUUCGGACAAUACGGAUCCCGUUAACGACGAGAUCGCAGAACUGAUAAAGGACGACCUUUGGCCAAAUCCACUGCAGUAUUAUCUGGUACCUGAUAUUGAGGUGGAGCCCGAGGACGAAGAGGACAAUGAUGACAAUGAAGAGGAAACUUUUGAAGACGAGGACGGAGAAGACGGCGAUGGUGACGAAGACGAUGAGGAUGAAGAUGACAAGUAAACUACCAACAGCAGGCGCAUAACUGCAAUUUACUCCCAAACGAAUGCCCAAAGUGUUUCAACCACUUGCAACUAUAGUUCACCGGGUGGUUAUGCAGCUUAUACAUAUUCACAUCCAUUGCAGAAAGUUUUAGGUUUCGCUUUAAGAAAAAAAGUCGUAUUUUCAACGAAAUGAAGAAGUGAACCACCAUGAAAGAAUUUUUAAGCAAAAAUAAAAAAAAAAGACUUAAAUCGAA